AAGAACAUGCCCCUUCUUCUUCUUCUUCUGUCUAGGAUUUUACGAAAGAGACAUGUCCAUGUUUUGACCAGAGGACUUUCCUCUGUAUUGAUUGACUGCGCAUCAGAUCCUGGUGCUUUUUAAUAGACUUUCAGACAUGUUGUCAUCGAACUGUUUCCGGAUGUUGUUCGCAUCCCGGGCCCUGCUGCACCCUCAGUGGCCGUCUCUUCCCAAAGCUGUUACAUGUUCAGCUCACUGUAUGUCCACCAGCUUCCUCAGGAAGGACUCAUGGCACAGCAGCACGAACCUCAGAGCCCCGGGGAAGGACAGAUACGUGUUAAACUUCACCAACCAUGUCACCUCACACAGGAGCUGCAGCACAAGUCAGGUUAAGUUGAACUGCUGGAACUGUAAGAAGCUUCUUGACACAUCACCUGCUUUCUUCUGCGUGUCGUGCAAAGUGGUCCAACCACCUGAUGACAGGGCAUCCUACUUCACCAUCAUGGACUGUGACGACACAUUCACGCUGGACACGCAAAAGCUGCAGAGAAGAUACCUGCAGCUGCAGCGGUCUCUGCAUCCAGACAACUUCAGCCAGAAAUCUGUGAAGGAACAGGAGUACUCAGAAAGCCAGUCUGCCCUCGUGAACAAAGCGUACAAGACUCUGCUGAAGCCUUUGAGCCGCGGCCUUUACAUGCUGGAGCUACAGGGCAUGCGCAUAGAAGACGGCGCCGACCCCGGAGCCGAUUCUGACUUUCUGAUGGAGCUGAUGGAGAUCAAUGAAGCGCUUGAUGAAGCGCAGAGUUCAAAGGAAGCUGAUAAGAUUGGCCAAGACACAAAAGGGAAACUGGCAGACCUGACGGAGCAGAUAGACUCUGCCCUUCGUAAAGGAGAGCUUCAGGCCGCCAAAGCACUGCUUGCCCAGAUGAAAUACUAUGCAAACAUCGAGGAGAAAGUCAAGGAAAAACUUUCUGAAUUCAUGUGAAUUUUUUUUUAUUUUCCUCUCAUGUUCUGUGUCACUUUAUUUAACAUUUUAGCCAAAUUAUUGUACAUUUGUAUGGGGAUCGUGUAACUAUAUUCUUUAAGAUAAAUAAAAACCUUUUACUCACAA